AUGAGCACCGAUAUUGAUUUUUCUGUUCCUAAUUGGCUAAUUAACUGGUACCAUUUAGUUGGUACUAUUUCAUUUUUUCUUAAUUCUGGGUGUAUUUAUAUAAUACUUUUCAAGUCUGAUCAAAUUGACAAUUUUCGAUAUUUUCUGUUAAUUUUUCAGAUAUUCUGUACAAUUACAGAUUUCCAUAUAACUUUUCUAAUGCAACCCAUUCCUUUGUAUCCAGUGUUAGGGGGUUACUGUAAUGGAUUUCUUGCAGUCUAUUUUGAUGUUUGGGCUCAUUAUUUGAUGGCUUUUAUCGUGGCUUCAAUUGUGGCUCAAAUUGGAAGUUUGGCAUAUUGUUUCUUCAAAAAGCAUCAAACAAUUGGAAAAAUCAUGAAUAGACGUGUAGUUCCGCAAUUUCUUUUGGAUCUGGCCCAUCUGGGACUUCCGUUUGCUCCAGUUACUGUAUUUAUCCUUUUUCUCCAGACAGGAAUGAAACGAGACACUCAAAUGGCUUAUGUCAAAAAUAACUAUCUAAAAUACUAUGAGGAAUUCUCCAGAAUCUCUAAUUUCGCGGUUUAUGAAUUCAAUUCCUGGACGUAUUUCCUGGCGUUUGGUAUAUUUUCUGGAGGCAUCGGAUGUGGAUUUAUAUUUAUUUUUACCACUUUUGACAUGUUAAACUUUUUGAAGAAUUCACGGAUUCGACGAAAAAUUUCAAGUGCGAAUUUCAAGAGACACAAAGCUGCACUGAAGAGUCUAAUAGCGCAAUUCGCAACUUCAUCGCUUUGUUUGAUUCCGCCAACUUUGUAUCUGGUGGCAGUUAUGAGUUCAAUUAAUUAUGCUCAGGUCAUUGUACAAUUCCUCCUAGCCGUCUUCUCCCUACACUCGUCUGUAAAUGCUGUCGUUCUAGUUCUCACAACUCCGCCGUACCGGAAUUUCGUUUUAAGAAAACAACCGAAGCGGAAUCUAAUAGUCGCUCCAGUUUCCGUCAGUCAUCUUUCCGCCACUUGA